GUUCUAAGUGACGUCUUCACAUUCUGAACUAGACUUUUUUUAGUUUUGCACCUCUAUAUGUACAUGCUUAUUGGAUAUUAAAAUAUUCUUAUUUAUUAUAGCUAAGUAUUUAUUUCGUUGAUGAAAUGCAUAAUGUAUCUUUAAGGGUACUGCGAGAAGGGGGAGCUAUAUCGUCUGCUGCAUUGAACUUGUUUGGAUACGUUGGUGUUGCUGCACAAGCCUUGCAGCAGUGUAUAUGAGAAAGCUGCUGACUGUACAGUAGGGACGAGAUAAAGAUACCCUCAAGCACCGGGAGAAUACACUCUAUACAUGGGAAAACUAGUGCAUUUAAAAUUGGCUCAUUACUGCUCGAGUCAUCAGUGCUGGACUGCAAACGUGGAUUAUCAAUUUUGCAUCAACAUCCAUGGUAGGAAAAGUAUUCUUUGCAAUAGCAGUGAGCAUAUAAGAUCUGCUGUUGCCGGCAUUAUCCAGGAAAUCCACGAUGAAAGACAAGAAUUUUGUUUUUAUGUUGUGAAUGAGCUUUGCAUACUGAAAGAGACCAUAAACAACACCCAAGCUAAUAUCCUGUAUUUCAAGCUAAAAAAAUAGUCUUAUGUUGUGAAAAGGAAAUGUGAACUUUUUAGAUCAGAUGAAUGAACAUAGUUUCCAAAAACUUUUCAGUACCAACAUCAUUUUGUGAUGGGAACAUAAGCUCUUACAGAGAAGUGCUGAGAAGGGAGCACAUGGUACAGGUGUGGUGUAAUGCACAGAUAAUGAAUCAGUAAAAAUCUGCCGACUUGAUAUUUCACAAGACAGAAUGGAACCUGGGGACAUAAGGUUGUCCAGGGUAACGGUGCUACAUGAAUAUGUUGGUUGUAGGACAUAUGAGGUGCCUCCGUCAUCUAUUACUAAAGACAUCAAGCAGUUGAUCUUCAGAGACACUGGUUUCCCUGUCUCAGAACAGCGCCUUCUACUCUACAAUAAAGAGCUAUGUGAUCGGACCAAUAUUGUAGACUUGGGUUCUUCAGACUCAAAUAUCUUUCUAAAUCUUCAAGCAAAAGGACUGAAAGGAGGAGGUAAAUUUGGACAGACAACACCACCACUUGUUGAUUUUCUGAAGGACAUUUUAAGAAGAUACCCAGAAGGAGGGCAGAUUCUUAAGGAGCUUAUCCAGAAUGCUGAAGAUGCUGGUGCCACAGAAGUCAAAUUUUUGUAUGAUGAAACUCAGCAUGGUACUGAUUCUCUUUGGUCAAAAGAAAUGGCCCAGUAUCAGGGACCAGCACUUUAUGUGUACAACAAUGCCGUAUUUACUCAUGAAGACUGGCAUGGGAUCCAAGAGAUUGCUAGAAGUAGGAAAAAAGAUGAUCCACUCAAGGUUGGAAGAUUUGGCAUUGGGUUUAAUUCUGUUUAUCACAUAACAGAUGUUCCAAGUAUUUUCAGUGGUGAUCAGAUUGGAAUGUUGGAUCCUCAUGAGAUACUUUUUGGACGGCAUGAAUCAGGCCAGUGUUGGAACAUAAAAGAAGAAAGUAAAGAAAUAAAUGAACUUACGGACCAGUUUGCUCCAUUUAUUGGCAUUUUUGGGUGCACCAAGGAAAGUUUUGCAAAGGGCUUUUUUCCAGGGACAUUUUUUAGGUUUCCACUACGUGUCCAACCUUCCUUAUUAAGUAACAAUGUGUAUAACAAAGAAAAAGUUAUUGAGCUGUAUGAAUCCUUUAAAGCAGAUGCUGACACUGUUCUCCUUUUCCUAAAAAGUGUCCAGAAGGUGUCUUUGCAUGUUCGAGAGGCAGACGGAACUGAAAAGGUUCUAUUUCGAGUUACUGCAAGUGAAAACAAAUCACUUAAACACGACAGGCCCAAUUCCAUCAAAAUCCUUGGAUCAGCUAUUGAAGGAUACUGCAAAAGAGUUCCAAGCAACAGUAUAACAUGUGUAUCAUAUCAUGUAAGCAUUGUUGUAGAGGAUGAAAGUGUCAAGGAAACCCAGACAUCUUCUUGGUUGGUUUGUAAUAGUGUUGGAGGCAGGGGUAUCUGCAAUGAAUUAGAUUGCCUCGCUGAUGAUUUAAAAUUUGUUCCAACAAUCGGAAUUGCCAUGCCUUUGUGCAACAGUGAGGAUAAAAUAGGAGCUGAAUCUGAAUUUACCGGUAGAGCUUUUUGCUUUCUUCCUUUACCUCCUGGUGAAGAAAGCAAAACAGGUCUUCCUGUCCAUGUAAGUGGGUUCUUUGGUUUAACUGACAAUCGUAGGAGCAUAAAAUGGCGAGAACUGGAUCAGUGGCGUGAUCCUGCUGCUUUAUGGAAUGAGCUGCUUGUAAAAAAUGUGGUUCCAAAAGCAUAUGCCACACUUAUUAUGGAAGCUAUUAAAAGAAUGGAAACAGAAAAAAAUUCAGAUUUUCCUCUUUCAGUUGAGAGCAUCUACAGCGUGUGGCCUGAUGUGGGCAAAAUAAGGAAUAACUGGAAACCUGUGGUAGAACCUCUGCUAAAAGAACUCUUCCAAAAUGCAGUUAUAUACACUUCCAGGAACUGCUGGCUAAAUGAAGCAGAGGUAAACUUCACAGAGAUAGAUGAGAGUAAACCGUAUGCAAAAACUAUCCUGAACUACCUCCAAAAUUCAGGUACUCACAUUGCUAAAGUACCGGAUCAUGUAGCUGCAGCAUUCCAAGUUCCAAGUAACAGUUCCAGACAGGUGAAGAAGGUUAGUCCUGCACUUUUGCGUCAGGUGUUAAGGAAAUGUGGACACCGGGGACCCGCAGAGGAGAAACUUCACAUCCUUGAAUUUGUUCUUAGUGAUAAUUGCUACAGUGAUCUUAUUGGGCUUGAACUGCUUCCUUUACAAAAUGGAAAAUUCAUUCCUUUCUCCUCAUCUGUAUCAGAUAAAGAUAUUAUCUACAUAACUUCAGAGGAGUACCCCAGAACUCUGUUCCCUGGUCUGGAAGGACGACUACUGUCUGAGAACCUGAAGCCAGAAAUUCUGUCUGCUUUGAAGGAAGCUUCAAAAGCUCGAGCACAGCAGCUCCUAUGGGGAUGUACAGGAAGACCAUGCACUCAGCUUCAGCCUUUGAAUCCUGAGCGUUUUGUACGUCUUAUUAAAGACAUUAUGAACACAACAUGGCCAACCAGAGAUUUGGUAGUGAGGUGGACUCCAGGCAAUACACAAAAAAACCAUCCCAAUACCACAUGGCUUAAAAUGGUUUGGAAAAUUUUGUACAUCAAUUUUUCUGAUGAUUUGUCAUGCUUAGAUGAUAUGCCACUCAUUCCUACAACCUCUCUGGAGGAAGAUCAGAAAUGCUUGGAACUCAUUCGCUUAAGGACACCUUCCCCUGUUAUAUUUGAUGAUGAAUCUGAUUCCCAGCUUCCAGAAUAUUUACCAGAUAUAAUAAAAAAUCUUGGUGGAAUUGUACUUAAACAUUUGGAUCCUUCUAUACAGCAUCCACUUCUUAAAAAAUAUGUCUACCCUCCUACACCUUCUGCUCUUUUACAAAUAAUGGAUAGGAUGUCACUACAAAAACUGUCAAGUCAAAUUGCUUCACUAGUUCCAGGUCACAAAGAUAUUUUGAGAAGAUUCCUUGCUAGUUUAACAGAUAUUAAUGAAAAAGAAAAGAAAAUUAUACAGGAGUUAGUGAUAUUUAGAAGAAUUGAACUAUCAUCAGAGCUAAAAAACCCUUUUGUAUUUUUAAGAGGAUGCAAAGCUUUGCAUCACAAUGCUAAACUCCCACCUGACACAAGACUUUCCUUCUCUAUAAUUGAUAGCAGUGAUGAAGAAACUAUCCGACUGAUGAAGAUGAUGAAAGUUGAACAACUACUAAGUACAGACUGCUUAAAGAUUAUUUUGCAAGACAUUGAGAAAGGUUUUUAUAACACUGAAGAAAGAACAAAAAAUAUGCUUUGGGUUCUUGAAAAUCUGACUUUUCUUAAAAACGAAAAUCCUGCUGUUAUUUCCUGGCUAACAAAUCUUAAAUUUAUCCAGCUUUUCAAAGACAGAGUUGUGGCAGCAAAUGAACUUUUUGAUCCAGAGGUUAGCCUACUACAGGAUCUGUUUUGUGCAGAAGAACAGCUCUAUUUUCCUCCAGCUGUAUUUACAUCAUCAGAUAUUUUGCACUCUCUUAGACAAAUAGGUUUAAAAAAUGAAGUGAAUUUGUUAGAAAAAGACCUUGUACAAGUGGCAAAGAAAGUUGACGCCAUGAAUAGUGCAUCAAAUAAAAAUGAGGACAUUAUCUUAAAAAAAGCAACAACUCUAGUAACAGUCUUGAAGAAAUAUUAUAAAUUGAUACAAUCGCCAGAAGGAAAAGCAAUUUUGAAAAAGAUCAAAUGGGUUCCUGCAAUUAGAGAAAGGCCACCCAAUUAUCCAAAUUCUUUGAUCUGGAUGGGAGAUAACUUCAAACUUUAUGCACCAGGAGAAAUGUGCAACCAAGCUUAUGCUAUUUUGGUAGGAUCCUCAGUUCCAUUGAUGGAGAACAUUCAUGAUAAUGUCCAGAAGCUCCUUGGUAUUUCAAAAGUACCUGACAUUGAAUAUGUGUUGAAACAUCUAAAAGUUGUUGCUGAUUGGAAUAAUUCAAAAACAAUCACUGAUGAAGAUUAUUACCAGUUUCAGCAUAUUUUACUGGAAAUUUACAGUUUUAUGCAGGAACAUCUUGAAAAGGGCAAGGAACUUUUUAAAGCUCUCUCAUUCCCUUGGGUUUGGACAGGUCAGACCUUUUGUUUUCCAAAACAAGCAAUUAUCUCUUCAUCACAUAGCCUUGAUCUGCAGCCAUACUUGUAUAAUGUCCCUAAUACAAUGGUUAAAUUUCAUAAACUAUUUAUGUUUUGUGGUUCAAUAGAGCAGCUGACUCCUGAACAUGUUUUUUUUGUUAUUCAAAAAAUACAAGAGCGAAGUCUUCAAAACAUUGGGAAAGAGGAGAGCGAACAAAAUAUUAACAUAAUGCUCAACAUUGUUCGAUGGCUGUAUAGUCAUCAAAUUUCUGUGAGUUUAAACACACCUUUACCUGUACAUUAUAGCAAAGAUCCUUCUAAACUUGUGAUGAAACCUAUUCAUGAAUGUUGUUAUUGUGAUAUUAAGGUGGAUGACCUCAAUGAUUUGCUUGAAGACUCAGUGGAACCAAUAAUAUUGGUACAUGAAGACAUACCAAUGAAAACUGCUGAAUGGCUAAAUGUGUCAUGUCUAAGUACUAGACUAAUUAAUCCAGAAAACAUGGGAUUUGAACAGUCAGGUCAAAGAGAACCUCUGACAGUGAGAAUCAAGAACAUUUUAGAAGAAUAUCCUUCAAUAUCUGAUAUAUUUAAGGAACUGCUUCAAAAUGCUGAUGACGCCUCUGCCUCAGAGUGCAAUUUUUUGAUUGAUAUGAGAAGGAAUAUGGACAUAAGAGAAAAUCUUCUAGACCCAGGGAUGGCAACAUGCCACGGACCUGCCUUAUGGUCAUAUAACAACUCUGAAUUUACAGAUAGGGAUUUUUUAAAUAUUACUAGACUUGGGGAGUCAUUGAAAAGAAGUGAGGCAGACAAAGUUGGAAAGUUUGGUCUAGGCUUCAAUUCUGUGUAUCAUAUCACAGACAUUCCUAUUAUAAUGAGUAGAGAAUUCAUGAUAAUGUUUGACCCUAAUAUUAAUCAUAUUAGCAAACACAUUAGAGAUAAGUCUAACCCUGGCAUCAAAAUUAACUGGUGCAAACAGCAAAAACGACUGCGCAAGUUUCCUAAUCAAUUUAAGCCGUUUAUGGGUGUUUUUGAUUGCCACCUGCCACUUGCUGUUGAAUCACCUUAUUGUUAUAAAGGAACACUUUUUAGACUGUCAUUUCGAACGCAACAAGAGGCAAAAGUGAGUGAGAUCAGUACCUCUUGCUACAACACAGCAGACAUUUAUACACUUGUGGAUGAGUUUAGUUUAUGUGGCUAUAGACUGAUACUCUUUACCCAAAAUGUAAACUCCAUGGUCCUAAAAUACCUAAAGCCUGAAGAAUCAGAUCCAUGUUUAGCACAAGAUACAGUGACAAUUAAAAAAUCUUUGUGUUCCUCUAAAGUGUUAACAGUUCCUGUAAAAAUUCUGAGGGAAGCAGCAAGGGUAAUCAACACAUGUAACACUACAAAAAAACUUCCUACAGAUAUGCCAAAAUCAUCAUGCAUCCUACAAAUUUUUGUUGAAGAGUUCCAUCAUGUGUUUAGGCGUAUAGUUGAUUUACAUUCUCCAUUAUUUCGAGGUCCAGAAGAUGAUCCUGCUUCUUUCUUUGAGAUGGCCAAGUCUGGACAGACAAAAAGAGCUGCAGAUGAGUUGCCACAAAAAACUGUUGAUUCUACAACAUGGCUUAUAUGUUCAUGUAUGGAUAUUGGGGAAGCUUUGAAAUUUGCAUUACAUGAAAGUGGAAAAAGGCUUGGACUUGUGCCUUGUGGUGGUGUUGCCGUAAUGCUUUCUGAAAAUCAGGAUGGAAAAUGGAAUGUGAAGCCCUUUGGCAGUAACAUUGGGGAAGUGUUCUGUUACUUACCUCUACGCAUAAAAACUGGAUUGCCUCUUCACAUCAAUGGAUGUUUUGCUGUGACAUCAAAUCGGAAAGAAAUUUGGAAAACAGACACUAAGGGAAGAUGGAACACUGUGUUCAUGAGGCAUGUAAUUGUUCGCUGUUACCUAGAAGCCCUUUGCGUGCUAAGAGAUAUGUCAGUAAGUGGAGAGUUACAAGACUACAAUUAUUAUUCAGUCUGGCCUGACCCAGACUCUGUACAUGAUGAUUUUUCUAUCAUUUGCCAAGGUAUAUAUGAAGAUAUUGCCAAAGGAAGAGGGAAAGAACGAAUGAAAGUAUUCUCAGAUGGAUCUUCAUGGGUUUCUAUGAAACAUGUAAGGUUUCUUGAUGAUUCUUUACUUAAAAGACCAGAUAUUGGGCCUGCAGCCUUUCAGAUUUUCUUAAAGUACUUGAAGAAAACUGGUUUAAAAAACCUUUGUGCUGUAGAACUACCUUCCUGGGUAAAAGCUGGUUUUGAAGAGGCAGGAUGUACAGAAAUAUUACUUCAAAACACAUAUUCUGAAAGGCAGUUUUUUUCAGAGGUGUUUUUUCCACACAUUGAAGAAAUCAACCCUGAGUUACGGGAUCCUUUAAUGCUUUUUGUUUUGAAUGAAAAAAUAGGGGAAUAUGGUGAAUUUCUGCAAGUUACACCAUGUAUUCCUUGCUCUUCUGCUGAACAUCCAUUAGUUACACCUUCAAGGUUAAUCCACCCAGAAGGUAGAGUUGCAAAACUGUAUUAUGACAGUGAUGGGAGAUUCCCUUUUGGAACCCAGCAGAAUUACUUAAACCCAGUUGUACUAGUAAAGCUGGUGCAGUUGGGUAUGAUAAAAGAUGAUAUUCUGUGGGAAGAUUUGAUUGAGCGAAUUGAAUCAAUUGGGGAAAUAAAUAAAAGUGAUCAUAUGGCAGCUUGCACAAGAAGCAAUAUUAUUCUAAGCUUGAUUGACGAAAAACUUAGAUUUAGAGAUCCAAGGGCUAAAGAAUUUUGUGAAAAAUGUAAACAAUCUAAAUUCCUACCAUUUUUAACAAAGCCAGUUGGGUUUUCCUUAAAUUGGAAAGGGAGUGACUUCCAGGCUAAUGAGAUGUUUGCAGCAACUGACCUUUACACAGCUGAACAUCAAGAUACCGUCUGUCUUCUGAAACCAAUUCUAAAUGAAAAUUCCUCUUCUUUCAAAGGUUGUGGGUCCAUAUCUUUGGCAGUCAAAGAAUUCUUAGGUUUACUCAAGAAACCAUCACCUGAAUUAGUAAUUGAACAACUCCAAGAAGUUGCUAAAUAUAGUGAUGGAAUUACUCUUUAUCAGGAGAGUAUAACAAAUGCAUGUUAUAAAUAUCUCAAUGAAGCAGUAUUACACAGUGAAAAUACAAAAACUAUGAUUGUUGCACAGUUAAAACAAUCUAAUUUUAUUCUUAUUGAGAAUACAUAUGUUGUUCCAGAAAAGGUCUCUUUUCAGCUUAAUUUUGAAGCAGCUCCUUAUCUCUAUCAAAUGCCUAACAAAUAUCGAAACAAUUUUCGGGAACUGUUUGAAAGUGUAGGUGUAAAACAGUCAUUUUCUGUUGAAAAUUUUGCAACAGUCCUUGAAGCUAUAAAGGAAGAAAGCAAAGGCAAAAAACUUUCAGAAAACAAUUUCCAGCUUUGUAGGAGAAUCAUUAGUGAAGGUAUAUGGGGUCUUAUUCGAGAGAAAAAACAAGAAUUUUGUGAGAAAAAUUAUGGACAAAUACUUCUCCCAGAUGCUAAUUUUAUCCUCCUGCCAGCUAAAUCAUUAUGCUAUAAUGACUGCCCAUGGAUUCGUGUGAAAGAUACUGCAGUAAAGUACUGUCAUUCUGAUAUCCCAAGGGAAGUAGCUGUAAAACUUGGAUCAAUACCCAAAAGACACAAAGCAUUGGAAAGGUAUGCCUCAAAUGUUUGUUUUACUGCACUAGGAACUGAAUUUGGACAGAAAGAAAAACUUACCAGCAGGAUAAAAAGCAUUCUAAAUGCCUACCCCUCAGAGAAAGAGAUGUUGAAAGAACUUCUUCAAAAUGCUGAUGAUGCAAAAGCUACAGAAAUAUGCUUUGUAUUUGAUCCUCGAUAUCACCCUACGGAUAGAAUAUUUGAUGAAAAGUGGACACCUCUGCAAGGACCAGCACUUUGUGUGUACAACAAUCAGCCAUUUACAGAGGAUGAUGUAAGAGGAAUACAAAAUCUUGGACGAGGGACAAAGGAAGGAAAUCCUUGCAAAACAGGACAAUACGGUAUUGGAUUUAAUUCUGUUUACCAUAUUACAGAUUGUCCCUCAUUUAUCUCAUCCAAUGACAUUAUUUGUAUCUUUGAUCCUCAUGCAAGGUAUGCACCAGGAGCAACAUCAGUCAGCCCUGGUCGAAUGUUCAAAGAUUUAGAUGCUGACUUCAAAACACAGUUUUCUGAUGUAUUAAAUCUCUACUUAGGUAAACACUUCAGCCUCUCAAAUGCUACAAUGUUUAGAUUUCCACUUCGGGAUGCAGAAAUGGCAAAACAUUCAGAAAUUUCUUCUGUUCCCAGCUCAGAUAGAAUGGUUCAAAAUCUCCUUGACAAACUACGUACCGAUGGAGCUGAACUUCUUAUGUUUUUGAACCAUAUGGAAAAAAUUUCCAUUUGUGAAAUAGAAAAGUCUACUGGAAUUCUGAAAGUGCUAUAUUCUGUGAAGGGUAAAAUUACUGAUGGGGACAGGCUAAAAAGAAAACAGUUCCAUGCAUCAGUAAUUGACAGUGUAACCAGGAAGAAACAACUAAAAGACAUACCUGUGCAGCAGAUUACUUAUACUAUGGACAUUGAAGACUCUGAAGGAAAUCUUACAUCAUGGUUAAUCUGUAAUCGUUCAGGUUUUUCUAACAUGGACAGAGUGUUGAAAGGUGUUGCAUCUGCUCACAAAAAUGAAGAUAUUACUCUUUUUCCACGUGGAGGAGUCGCAGCCUGUCUUACCCAUAACUACAAAAAACCGUAUAGAGCAUUCUGUUUUCUGCCUCUUUCAAUAGAAACAGGACUUCCUUUUCAUGUCAAUGGACAUUUUGCCUUAGAUUCUGCAAGACGGAAUUUAUGGAGGGAUGAUGAUGGAGUUGGUGUAAGAAGUGACUGGAACCAUAGCUUGAUGACUGCAUUAGUAGCCCCAGCUUAUGUUGAACUUUUGGCUCAACUGAAAAAACGAAAUUUUCCUGGUUCUGAUCCCACAAUUUCAAUUUUGCACAAUACACCUAUUCACGCUGUAAAAGACAUUUUGAAAAAAUUCUUGUCCUUUUUCCCAGUAAACCGACUUGAUUUGCAGCCAGACUGGUAUUGUCUUGUCAAAGCCGUUUAUGUUUGCAUAUAUGAAGAUUCCAAACGCCUUUUGCCAGUAGUACGUGCUCCAAAUGUAGAUGGAUCAGAUUUGCAGACAGCUGUUAUUAUAACAUGGGUUAACAUGUCGGCUGUAAAUUCUGGACGGCCAUUCUUUGACAAUUUAUUGCAAGAUGAAUUACACCACAUGAAAAACAUUGAAUACAAUAUUAGCACACGCAAAACCGUAGCAGAAAAUGUUUAUAGACUUAAGCAUCUACUUUUAGAAAUUGGUUUCAAUUUAGUUUACUACUGCGAAGAAACAGCCAGCCUCUACCACUGCUUAGUUGAUGCAGGGAUUCCAGUAACUUAUGCAACUCCAGCUGAUGUUCGCAUCUUUUUGAUGACUUUUUCUUCUCCUGAUUCUAAUUGCCAUAUUGGGAAGUUGCCGUGUCGUCUCCAGCAAACAAAUCUUAAAUUGUUUCAUAGUUUGAAACUCCUUGUAGAUUACUGCUUAAAAGAUUCAGAAGAACAUGAGCUUGAGAUUGAGGGAUUGCCGCUUUUAAUCACUUUGGAUAGUGUAUUGCAGGUUUUUGAUUCAAAGCACGCUAAAUUCCUAACAACAUACCAUGAACUGAUUCCGUCACGUAAAGAUCUGUUUAUGAAUACACUUUACCUGAGAUAUAACAACAUUUUGCUUUCUUCCAAAGUAGCCAAAGUUUUUGACAUUAACAGUUUUGCUGAAUUACUUUCCUCUGUGUUGCCUAGGGAGUAUAAAAGCAAACUCGCUGUACCAUGGAAAGAAAAUUUUGCAAGUGAGACUUGGCUUAAAAAUGCAUGGAAUUUUAUUACUGAGUCAGUUAAUCUCAAAGAAGAACAAAUGGAUAUGACUACGACAUUUGAUACAGUUGUUGACACGCUAAAAGAUUGGGCUUUGCUACCAGGCACAAAAUUUACUGUAUCAUCCAAUAAUCUAAUUGUUCCUGAAUGUGAUGUACUGCUGCCACUGAGUCUCAUGCAUAUUGCAAUAUUUCCAAAUGCACAGAGUGAUAAAGUCUUUCAUACCUUGAUGAAAACAGGCUGUAUUCAGCUGGCAUUGAACAAAAUUUGUACAAAAGACAGUAUCCUACUGCCUUUGUUGUCAGGACACACAGCAAACAUUGAUAAACCAUCGAGCAUACUCAAAGCCAUACAACAUAUGAUUCAAACGUCAUCCUUUAGAACUGAAAAAUUGGUGGAUGCUGACUUUGAUGCACUUUUAAUGUAUUUUAACUGCAAUUUAAAUCAUCUCAUGUCAGAAGAAGAUAUUGGUAUCUUGAAAUCACUUCCAUGUUACAAAUCUGUUAGUGGACGUUAUGUGACUAUUUCAAAAUCUGGAACAUGCUAUGUACUUACCAAGUCGAUCCCCUCAGCUGAAGUAGAAAAAUGGUCUCACUCUUCAACGUCCGCUUUCCUUGAAGAAAAAAUCAAUCUCAAGGAAUUGUACAGUGUUCUUGGAUGUGUCCCUGUUGAUGAUUUAGAGAUUUAUUCAAAGCACCUUUUGCCAAAAUUUGAGAAUCUAUCCUAUAGUGCCAAACUAGAGCAUUUGAUGUAUCUGAAAAAUCGAUUAAGCAAUAUUGAAGAAACUUCAGGAAUAAAAGAACAGCUCUUUGCAAAACUGGAAGAACUAUCAAUAAUUCAUGACACUAGUGGUCGCCUUAGACCUGCAAAGCAUUUCUAUGAUAGGACUGUAAAAGUAUUUGAAGUUAUGCUUUCUGAAAAACUAUUUAUACCUCAGGAUUUCUUUAAAAAACUGGAACAAGUAAUAAAGCCAAAGAACCAGACUACAUUCCUCACUUCAUGGAUUAUAUUUCUUAGAAAUAUAGGGCUAAAGCAUGUUAUUUUACAGCAACAGUUAUUACAGUUUGCAAAAGAAAUCAGCAUGAGAGCAAACACAGAAAACUGGACAAAGGAAGUCUUGCAAAAUACUGUAGAUGUGCUUCUUUAUCAGAUAUUUCAAGAGAGAACAGAUUUGUUGUCAGGGAGUUUCUUAAAGGAAUUGUCUUUAAUUCCAUUUUUAUGUCCAGAGCGUGCACCAGCAGAGCUUGUACGCUUUCACCCUCAAUAUCAAGAGAUAAAUGGAACUCUUCCACUAAUAAGAUUCAAUGGAGCACAGGUAAAUCCUAAGUUUAAGCAAACAGAUGUUAUUCAAUUACUUUGGACAUCAUGUCCCAUUCUUCCUGAAAAAGCAACUCCGCUGACUAUUAAAGAGCAAGAAGGGAGUAGCCUUGAACCACAGGAACAGCUAGAGCAGGUUUUGACAAUGCUUAAUGUCAAUGUGGAUCCUUCACUUGACAAAGUAAUAAACAAUUGUCGUAAUAUAUGCAACAUAACAGCAGUGGAUGAUGAAAUGGUAAAAACCAGGUCAAAAGUUCUUAGGAGUGUUUAUGAAUUUUUGAACACAGAGAAAAGAGAGUUCAAGUUUCAGUUAAGAGGAGUUGCAUUUGUAAUGGUUGAAGAUGGCUGGAAACUUCUAAAACCAGAAGAGGUUGUCAUUAAUUUGGAAUUUGAGGCUGAUUUUAAACCUUACCUAUAUAAGUUACCAUUAGAACUUGGAACUUUUCAUCAGCUGUUUAAACAUUUAGGUACAGAAGAUGUUGUUUCAACAAAACAGUAUGUUGAAGUUCUUAGUAGAAUAUUCAAGAAUUCAGAAGGAAAACAGCUUGACCCUAAUGAAAUGCGAACAGUGAAGAGGGUUGUUUCUGGUUUGCUUAAAAGCCUGCAGAAUGAUUCUGUUAAAGUACGUAAUGACUUUGAAAAUAUUCGUGACCUUGCUCUUUACUUGCCAAGUCAGGAUGGAAGACUGGUAAAAUCAAGUAUUCUAGUAUUUGAUGAUGCACCACAUUACAAAAGUAGAAUACAGGGUAAUAUUGGAGUUCAAAUGCUUGUAGAUCUAAGUCAGUGCUACAUGGGGAAGGAUCAUGGCUUUCACACAAGAAUCAUUAUGCUUCUUCCUCAAAAGUUACGACCCCGGCUUCUUAGCAGUAUUCUUGAAGAGCAGUUGGAUGAAGAAACACCAAAACAAUGCCAGUUUGGAACACUUUGUUCUCUUCAGGGAAGACUACAACUAUUGCUCUCUUCUGAGCAGUUUAUCACAGGACUUAUAAGAAUCAUGAAGCAUGAAAAUGACAAUGCAUUUUUAGCAAAUGAAGAAAAAGCCAUAAGACUUUGUAAAUCUUUGCAAGAAGGUUUAAAAGUGUCUUGUUUUGAAAAGCUACAAACUACAUUAAGAGUGAAAGGUUUUAAUCCAAUUCCACAUAGCAAAAGUGAAACACUUGCAUUUUUGAAAAGAUAUGGCCAAGCUGUCAUUUUACUAUAUAUACAACAUUCAGACAGCAAGGACAUCAAUUUCUUGUUAGCAUUAGCAAUGACCUUGAAAUCUGCUACAGACAAUCUGAUUUCUGAUACAUCAUAUUUGAUUGCCAUGUUGGGAUGCAAUGACAUAUACAGGAUCGAUGAAAAGCUUGAUAGUUUAGGAGUGAAGUAUGAUUCAUCUACUGAGCAAUCAAAGCUUGAACUUCCAAUGCCUGGAACUCCUAUACCUACAGAAAUCCACUAUACACUUCUUAUGGAUCCAACAAAUGUCUUCUAUCCAGGUGAAUAUGUAGGGUAUUUGGUUGAUGCUGAAGGUGGAGAUUCUUAUGGCACAUAUCAACCUACCUACACAUAUGCGAUCAUUGUUCAAGAAGUAGAAAAAGAAGAUGAUAAUUCAGGUUUCUUGGGGAAGUUUUACCAGAUUGAUAUUGGGUAUAGUGAAUACAAGAUUGUAAGUUCUUUGGAUUUGUACAAGUUUUCAAGGCCUGAAGAAACCACUCAAAAUAAAGACAGCACCCCCUCAACACCAACAAGCCCAACAGAGUUUCCACCACCUGGUCCUCGAACAGCACCAUCUUUUCCUGGUAAAGAAAACCAUAAAACUUCUACAUCUUCCAAACAUCAGUCACCAAAAAAGAUUAAACUAAAUUCUUUACCUGAAAUCUUGCGAGAGGUGACUACCGUAAUGGAACAGGCCUGGAAACUUCCAGAAUCUGAAAGAAAAAAGAUCAUUAGGCGACUUUAUCUAAAAUGGCACCCAGAUAAAAAUGCUGAAAACCUAGAUAUAGCAAAUGAGGUCUUUAAACACUUGCAAAAUGAGAUCAACAGACUAGAAAAGCUGGCGUUUGACCAAAAUGUAGAUAGGUCGGCAAGAAGAACAUUCACAACUACAUCAGCAAGAUUUCAGUCAGACAAGUUUUCAUUUCAAAGAUUUUAUACGUCUUGGAAUCAAGAAGCUACAAGUCAUAAGUCUGAAAGACAACAAUACAAAGAAAAAUUUUCAUCUUCCACAGGAACAUAUGAUUCCAAACGUUUUUUUGUACCACCUACCUUUAAAUCAGUUGGGAACCCAGUGGAGGCUAGAAGGUGGUUAAGGCAAGCUCGUGCUAAUUUUUCAGCUGCAAGAAAUGAUAUGCACAAAAAUGCAAAUGAGUGGGUGUGUUUUAAAUGUUAUCUGUCGACAAAGUUGGCAUUGAUUGCAGCAGAUUAUGCUGUAAGAGGAAAAUCAGAUAAAGAUGUGAAACCAGCUGCACUUGCACAAAAAAUAGAAGAAUAUGGACAUCAACUGGAUGGUCUCACUAAUGAUGUUCAGACAUUAGAAGCGUAUGGAGUAGAUAGCUUAAAAACACGAUACCCUGACAUGCUUCCCUUCCCUCAGAUCCCAAAUGACCGCUUUACAUCGGAAGUUGCCAUGAGGGUGAUGGAAUGCACUGCCUGUAUAAUAAUAAAACUUGAACAUUUUAUACAAAAUAAGUAGCAGCUGUUUAAAUUAACAGAUUUAAAGUGAUAAAAGUGGCUUAAAACAGUGAAUUAUCUGUAAUAUUAUAAUGUUUAUCACUGCAGUUAUUAUGAGGUCAGCGAUAAACCUAAAUUAUUACCUGCUUUGCUCUUUUUCAAUGGCAAUAAAAUUGCUGCUAGUUAUUUGGAGAUCUGAGAUUGAAUUCUCAUCUCAUGCUGCAUACUUACCAUGAGAUCUUGACAGCACAGUUUAAUAUCCAAGGAUACUUUUUAUUUUAUUUUUCUUUCUAAGAAUUAAAAUUGCACCUCCCAUCUCUUGGUACCAUAUUUGUGAACAACCAUCUAUUUAUUGUUAGUGGACAUCUCUUAAUGUUUGAAAGAAGAGCUCAGAGCACAGAGAGAAAAAUCUUUUAUGUAGAGUGAGAUUUGGACGCAAAAAAAUUAAAAACCUUUAUUCUGUCUCUCUAUUUAUUGAAUACAGUAAAAACAUGUUCACAUUUCAUGUUAUUUAAUGGCAGUGAAAAAUAAUUUCACAUCAUACACCAUAACAUACUCAUCAGUGCAUUUAAACAUAUGUGCGUUACCCAGUUUUUUUAACUACAAUAAUCUUUUUUUCUCUCCUUUUUUUUUUAAUCAUACUGCAAUGGUACAAAACUGUUUUGGAAGUAAUUGGAUAAUCUCUGGAGAAAACUACUAAAAUGACUUGGGCAUCCGUAAACUUUGGGGAUUAUAGAAUAAAGUGAUUUAUUAAAAUAUUUUUCUAAGCCUUAAAGCAAAAUGUUUAAUGUGAAUAGAACGGAGGAUGAAUAUAUUAGGUGUAUAUAAAAUAAAUGUCAAUUGUUGUGCAUAUUAUUUAAUUGCACUUUAUUUAACCAAAGCUACGCAGCACAAUUUAGACAAUCCUUAGAUUAGCUCAUCUCUCAUUAAUUCUUAAUUUCUCGCAAGAUUGUCUGUACAGCAUAUAUGGUCCUAAAAUACGUUAUUUAAUCAGCUGGGUCUGGUUUUAAUAUUGCAGUUUUCUAACUAGCAUCAUAACCGUGGUGUAUAAAUAUUUAUACUUGCCCUGCUCUGUACUGGCCUUGCAUUUUAUACUGUAUACUUUUUGUUUUUCAUUGCAAAGUAUGUUUUUAGUUAAUGACCUGUAAAAGUAAUGACUGUUUAUGUUAAUAAUUUUCAGAAAUGCACUGAAACUGAAUGUGUCCGUUUUUCAAAAGAUGCUGGAGCCUUAAUUAUUUUGUAAUGAAAACAAAUGUAUAAAGUCUGUAGAUGAUUUAAGUUAUAAUUUGUCAAAAUGCAUUGGGUUCUUGUCAGCCUCUCAUUAUUUUAUUGUUUGCAAUUUUUUUAUACGUCUUCCAAUGCUUUGUUUCAUCUAUACAGAUAAUUUGUAAUAAAAUAAUGAUCAGAAAACGA